CUUCUCUCUCCUCCUCCCCAUCCUCCCUUUCCUUUCCCUCUUUUGUUCCCUUCCUCGGUCGUUGAAGGGCUGCAGGACGGCUUGUCAGAUUGGAUAGAUGUGCACCAUCUGAUAGGUUUUUUAUCUGGGUCAUUUGCAUCCAUCCUGCAUCUAUUUCCGACUUCCUUCUCUACUAUAGUUUUUUAGACGCCCUGUUUUGUUUUGCAUCUAAUCAUCUCCCUUCUUUAUAAUUGCAAAUAAUCAGCGAUAUACCUCUAAUUGUCUAUCAUCGCGUCUAGCGGUGUUCGUGUAUCAUGUUGUCCCGUGUUGCUCUUCAGAAAAAUGCCUUCGCUCGUCUGCGCCUUGCAAAGGGGCGCUCGGUAUUGCCUUCACCUGCAACACUGAGACUUCAUUCUCAAUCGAGUCGACCCUCCGCUUUCACAAACACAGUUGCAAACACCCCCCAGGAACGUCCUCGCCGGCCAUCCUUCCAGUCGAGUCGAAGCCUCGCCACUGCCGCCGACCAGUCCGCCAUUGACCAAGGGUCGUAUGGAUCUUUCGAAUCGCCUGCGUAUAACCCCGAGCAGUACUUCGAUCACCACCUGUCCUCGUUUUUCUCUCCCCUCGCCCAUGAAUUCGAUCCCUCCUCUUUGGUCAUCGUGGAUGAUGCACUACAAACAAAACCGAAGGUGUUGCGGAGAGUGAAGGGCCUUGGUGGUGAUGAAGAAGAAAUGCUGGCAAAUUUCGACCUUUCAUUGAGACUUCACCGCUACGAUCGUGCUGCUAUUCUCCUUUCCAGACUUAGAGGAUGCUAUCCCCCAGCUUCUCCUAAGUACCUGGCCCUUCACAACCGCUACCUCGAGGGCAUGGUUUCGCAGAUGAUCUUGACGAGGCAGCACAACCUUGUCUUGCCAAUGCAGAAGUUUUUCGAAGUUGACCUGCCGGCAUCUGGUGUGGUUCCCGACGCGACAACCUAUGCAGUGAUGAUUCGGAUGGCCCUGCGGAUGUUCCACGGUACCAAGCGUGAUCGAGCAGUGCGCAGAUACUGGGAAUUUGCGAAGAAUGCCUCUCUUGAAGAGGAAGUUCUGGCUGCUCCUGUUCUCUCUGAACUGGAAGUUGGUGAGCUAUCAGAGAUCUGUUCCUCCGAUAUCCAGCGCGUCUCCAUGGGUAGCUUGGAUAGCAACGCUGUUACCGAAGAUCCCCUCGCGGAUGCAGCCGAUCUGCCGGAAGUCAAAGCCGUCGAACAGAAGGGUCUCGGUCUCUCUUCUUUGAGGGAAUCGCUUUCGCUUUUUAACGGUCCUUCGAAGGUGUCCGCUCCCGCGGAAGGCGAGUACACAGAUGCGGAGUCCCGAGAAAUGUACAACCUGUCCAGGCAAAAACAGCUCGAAGCCAAUUCUAUCCAGGCGGCCCUCAACCGCUGGAGGCAAGAGACCAUUGACCGACAGAAGGCCGGCCUUAAUACUACUGGAAGCGAGAAGCGCCUGGGCAGUAUCAUCAACCAAUGGCACACCGAUCUUGUGUCCCGAAUCGAGGCGGAGCUGAAGCUUGUGGAACAAUCGGAGGCCAAGCCCCCUCGGACGUUGGAGGAUACGGAGCGCUGCGAAUACGGCGUCUUCUUGCGUUGCGUUGACUCGGACAAGCUGGCCGCUCUCACCAUCCUGAGCGUUUUGUCUUCGUUUGGACGGGGAGGCAUGGAUUCAGGACUGAAGCUCGCUUCGAUCGCUACUGGAAUCGGCUCCGAACUCCACGAUGAAUUCCUCGCUGAACUCACUCUCAAGAAAGAAUCUGCAGCUGAUGCUGCACGACUCAAGGCGGUUAAGCAAACCCUCUCCCUUCGCAAACAAAAAGACGGUCGGGCAAAGUGGCACACCAUUGUCCGAAACCUGGAGCAGGAUGACCCUGCUGUUGCUUGGUCAGCUCGUGUGAAGGCCAAGGUUGGAGCUGCCUUGAUGAGUUUCCUCUUCGAAGUCGCCAAGGCUCCUGUGAAAAUCGACAACCCCGAAACGAAGAAGCCUGAGAUUUCCAUGCAGCCUGCCUUCCAGCAUGCUUAUCAAAUCAACUGGGGUAGACGUGCUGGAUUCAUCCAUUUGCACCCUGAAAUCGUCAAGAUAGUCACCAAGGAGCCUACGUCUGAUCUCUUGGGCCGUCAUUUGCCCAUGUUGAGCAAGCCUAGGCCGUGGAAGGGUGUAUCCGAUGGUGGAUACCACGUUUACAAGAGCAACCUUAUUCGUACGACUCCCGGUGAGACAUUGCAGCCCGCUUAUGUCAAGGCAGCAUUGGAGAACAAUGGACUUGAGCAAAUCCGUCAGGGACUGGAUAUUCUCGGUAACACCGGGUGGGUCAUCAACGAAGAUGUUUUCAAGGUUAUGCUUGAAGCUUGGAACUCUGGAGAACCUGUCGCCGAUCUCGCCCCGCUGGAGCCCGAAUUGCCUCAUCCUCCUAAGCCAUCCCCAGAGGAGGGCUACGAAGCCGAAAAGAAAUGGGACAACGACAUGCGUGAGAUUGAAAACCGCAGAGCCGGUUUCCACUCCCAGCGUUGUUUCCAGAACUUCCAGAUGGAGGUGGCUCGCGCGUACAGGAACGAGACCUUCUACCUGCCUCACAACUUGGAUUUCCGUGGUCGUGCCUAUCCUCUUCCGCCUUAUCUCAACCAAAUGGGAGCAGACAAUGCGAGAGGUCUGCUGCUAUUCAGCCAAGCCAAGCCGCUUGGAGAGAGUGGACUGAGGUGGCUGAAGGUUCAGAUUGCUAACUUGUCUGGAUUCGACAAGGCGAGUCUCUCUGAACGUGAGAAGUUCACUAUGGAUCAUUUGGACGAUGUGCUUGACUCUGCCAACAACGGUCUUCAUGGCAGGCGUUGGUGGCUGAAGGCCGAUGAUCCGUGGCAAUGCUUGGCUGCCUGCUGUGAGUUGAGGAACGCGCUCCAGCACCCGGAUCCCACUCAAUUCGCAUCUCGCCUUCCCGUCCAUCAGGAUGGUUCGUGUAACGGAUUGCAGCACUAUGCAGCAUUGGGUGGUGACAAGAUUGGCGCUCAGCAAGUCAACCUUGAACCGUCCGAUCGCCCGUCUGAUGUGUAUACUGGUGUCGCCGAGUUCGUUAAGGAAGCAGUUGCCCGGGAAGCUGCGCAGGGUCACAGCGUGGCCAAGUACUUGGACGGCAAGAUUACCAGAAAGGUGGUGAAGCAAACCGUCAUGACGAACGUGUACGGUGUGACCUUCAUGGGAGCCAUGAAGCAGGUUCGCAAGCAACUUAUUGAUCACUAUCCCGAACUCUCCCAGGAUCAGAAACACCAGGGAGCCAUCUACAUUGCACGGAAGGUCUUCGAGGCGUUGGGCACCAUGUUCAACGGUGCCCACGAUAUCCAGUACUGGCUGGGUGACUGCGCCAGUCGUAUCACGCAGUCGCUGUCUCCGGAACAGAUUGAGCAAAUUGCCAAGGAGGCUAUGAACCCCGAGGAAGCGAAGCAGAUGGAGGAUCCGACGAAGAAGUUCCGGUCUACCGUGAUUUGGACUACUCCCCUUGGCUUGCCUGUUGUCCAGCCCUACCGGGUUCGCAAGGCUCGCCGUAUCUACACUACACUUCAGGAUUUGAGCAUUGUUGAUGGCAGCUCGGGGGAUGUGGUCUCUAAGCGCAAGCAGCUGCAAGCCUUCCCCCCCAACUUCAUCCACUCUCUCGAUGCCACCCACAUGAUGCUGUCUGCGAUCGCAUGCCACCGCGCCGGGCUUCAGUUUUCCGCCGUCCACGAUUCUUUCUGGACUCACGCCUGUGACAUCGACUCGAUGAACCAGCUGCUUCGUGAGGCGUUCGUGCGUAUGCACUCGGACGACGUGGUCAAGAGGUUGGCUGCAGAGUUCGAGGUCCGGUACAGCAAGAAUCUCUUCCUCGCCAAGGUGGACGCCAGCAGUGCCCUGGGACAGAAGAUCAAGGCCCUGCGGAAGGGAUCAAAGGCUUCUCAGAAGGCCCUCAAGGUUCAGGAGCUGUUGGAGGAACACAAGCGACAGAAGCUCUUGCAGGCGGAGGACCCGGAGCUUCAGGCUCAGGGACGUGCCAUGGUGACCCCGGCCAGCAUUUUCGAGCAAUUUGGAAGCGACGAGGAUCUGGCGAUCGCCAGUUCUUUGGGAGAGACAGCGGUCGGCCACGUGCCGGAAGACCUGGCGGCUGCGGAGCGCAAGAUCUCCGGUAUGGAGGCUGACCCUACCGAUCCGGCCAUCGAGACCCUGUUCCAGGGCUUCGACAAUGUCCUCGGAGCGAAGGCGGAUCCCCACGAGGAGCUGCCUACGGAAGAGUCGGCACCGAGCAAGCGCAAGCAGGCCAAAAAAUCGUAUGUGCAUGUUUGGCUGCCGUUGCGGUUCCGUGCCGUCCCGACCAAGGGUACAUGGGACGUGACACGGAUCCGCGACAGCAAGUACUUCUUCUGUUAAGGCGGGAACGCCCUGGAACGCUCGGGCGCAUUUGCCUAGGCCGGGGUCAGUUCGCGCGGGCCACGGCUGUCUCUGCUUAUGGCGCUCUGGCAUGGAGCUUGGUCUCGGUAGGACCGUGUCCUGCCCUGAUCCUUCUCCGGAUGUCGUCGCCCCUUGUACAUUUAUUGACCUUCUGGUGAUCUCACAAUUUCGGGUUUCUACAAUACGUAUAAUAACCCGGUUGGGAUCUCUCUCACUUUUUUUUAAUACCUGGUUCUGGUUGUUUCUAGCAUGGUUAUACUGCAUGGGAUUGGGAUGCAUGAAUGAACGUGUACAGUGUUGUUUCAAGUUGUUUGAUAUCAUUGUGUUGGCAUAAAAAAUGGGGAACUGGUGUAUAUAAUUGGGAUGGAAUUUAUUGACCACAUUGUAUAUAUGAAAUGAAAUGCACAGAAGUGAAUUGUGACUGACCUUGUG